AUGGAUGACGGGGCCGGGCACGAGUCGCUCCUGCCACUUGCUGCUCGCUCGCCUGCCUAUCCUCCCGGACACACGCGCCACCCGUCCCGUCCCGUGCCUGCGACCGACACUGUCAGCGUCGAGUUACACGUCCUCCCAGGAAAAGCAACUCACUUACCCACAUCCCAAUCCAGCUCUGAUGACGACCUUGAUCUGCCCGCUGAACGCUCCCACGACUCUCCUCAACCUCUCACAAAAACAAUGUCAAGAGUGCCCCUCCUGGUGAGGUCCAGCCCGGCCCAGGGUACAGGCUCAUAUGGCGUCCUGCCCAGUCUUUCUUCGAGCCCUGACGAACCUGGCCAAAAUCAUCUAACUGGGGCCCUGCCAAAGACAAAGGGUAAGAGUAGGCUUUCCAAUGGUGAUGCGUUACUGGGCGCCGCUGGGUCGCGUCGCAGGACAGGAGACGCUAGCCGUAGCAGCACAACGCUUGGUGUAGCCUCUGCUGGGCACGAGGAAUCCCGCUUCGAGGCAAGAUUCAACGCAAGCGGCCUCGACCCUUCCACCGCGGGCGCCCCAUUGUUUGACAGCUCUGCCUCUUCAAGCACUACGCUAGACGACGAUGAAGCCUCAGACGAGGACCACGGCGCUGACUUGCACGAUAUGAAGGGAAAUCCUUCCGACAACUCGCCCUACGCUCAAGUAAGAGCAUCCGUAGCCGCGACCGACAACCUCUCCCUGUCCAUUGAUACCCCACGCAUGUGGUUCCUGUCCAUCCUCUUUUCCAUUGCUGGCUCUUCUACAAACCUCUUCUUCUCCCUACGAUACCCUAGCGUUAGCCUUACUCCUAUUAUUGCAUUACUACUCGUCCACCCCAUGGGCCUAUUUUGGGACCAACUCUUUAAGCGAUCAAGCGACCCCGAAGAAACCUUUGUCGAUGGAUGCGUCCAGACAACCUCACCCCAAUCAAGUGCAAAGUCCAGCUGGACACGUCGCACACGCCUUUGGCUUGCCCAAGGCCGCUGGAAUGAAAAAGAGCAUUGUUGUGUAUACGUCAGCAGCAAUGUGUCUUUUGGCUUUGCCUUUGCAACUGACGUCAUUGUCGAGCAGGUCAAGUUCUACCGUCAGGACCUUGGCAUCAUGUACCAAGUAUUGCUCAUCCUCUCCACCCAGAUCCUAGGCUACUCCCUUGCCGGCAUCACCAGACGCUAUCUUGUCCGGCCAAGCGGCAUGAUUUGGCCAAGCACAUUGGUUUCUACAGCCAUGUUCACUGCAUUGCACAAAGAUGAGAACAAGCCAGCUGAUGGCUGGACAAUUGCGCCCCGCAAGUUCUUCGUCCGCAUAUUCCUAGGAUCCGUCGCUUUCUACUUCCUACCUGGCUUACUCUUCCCUGCGUUGAGUUACUUCAACGUACUCACUUGGUUUGCGCCCAAGAAUGUUGUUGUUGCUAAUUUGUUUGGAAUCUCAUCCGGUCUUGGAUUAUUUCCUGUCACCUUCGAUUGGGCACAGAUUGCAUACAUUGGAUCUCCGUUGAUUACGCCGUUUUGGGCUGCCAUGAACAUUCUUGGAGGCCUCGUUGGCGUCAUGUGGAUUGCAGCGCCAAUAAUGUAUUACAAAAACGUUCUCUACUCAUCCUACAUGCCCAUUCUAUCCUCUGCCGUCUGGGACAACCGCGGAAAACCUUAUGACGUCAGCAAGAUUUUGACCGAGAAUUUUCUGUUUGACGAAGAGGCGUACCGAAAGUACAGCCGAGUAUACCUUCCCAUCACAUAUGUGCUCAGUUAUGCUCUGCAAUUCGCCGGCCUCACCGCUCUGCUCUCGCAUACGGGGCUUUGGUACGGAAAGGAUAUUUGGAGACAGUGGCGUCGCUCAUGGGCCGAAAUCAGAAAAGAGUCAGCAGCUGAUUAUCAGCCACUGACAACUAGCUCCGAAGACAACGCAGGACAUGCGUCUCCUGCUGGGUUUCCACAACGACCUAGUCCAAACUCUGAGCCGGAUGUCGAGGACCUUUUGUCAGCCGAGGAUGUCCACAACCGACUGAUGAGAAGAUACGAAGACGUGCCGAUUUCUUGGUACUUAUUCACCGGUGUCAGCAUGGCAGCCGUAGGUAUGUUCGUUGUCGAGUACUAUCCCGUCUAUCUCCCCUGGUAUGGUCUCUUGCUCGCACUCGGAAUCGGCGCGGUACUCUUUAUCCCGAUUGGCAUUGUCAUGGCCAUUACGAACCAACAAAGCAGCAUCUACCUCAUCUGUCAGCUCAUCUGUGGUGUUGUGUUCCCUGGCCGUCCCGUCGCCAACAUGGUAUUUACGACAUUUGGCUACAUCUCCGCGACGCAGGGUUUGAAGUUUGCAUCCGACCUCAAGCUCGGUCACUACAUGAAGAUCCCCCCACGAAUCCUAUUCAAACUGCAGCUCAUCGUCACCAUCGUAUCCAGCCUCACCCAAAUCGGCGUGCUCAAUUGGAUGCUCAACUACAUCCCCGGCAUCUGCACCCCAGACGCCAUCAACGGUUUCAACUGCCCCAUCGCCCGCGUCCACUUCAACGGCAGCAUUCUCUGGGGCGUCGUCGGUCCGGGUAAAUUCUUCGGCCCGGGUGCCCUCUACCAACACCUCGUCUGGGCCUUCCCCGUCGGCGCCAUCGCCCCCGUCAUCCUCUACUACCUCGCCCGCGGCGACCGCAAGUCCAUCCUCAGCAAAGUAAAUCUUGCUGUUGUGUUUGGCAGCCUCAGCUGGAUCCCGCCAGCCACGGGUCUCAACUUUUCCGUCUGGGCAAUGGUGUGCUACCUGUUCAACUACGAAAUCAAGAACCGACGUAAUGCGUGGUGGAAAAAGUAUAAUAUGAUGCUCAGUGCUGCCCUGGAUUCUGGGCUCGCGUUUGGUGUUGUUGUUAUCUUUUUCGGUAUCGUGUAUCCUGGGUGGAUGAGCGGGUUCAAGUGGUGGGGUACCGAGGUUUACAAGCAGGGCUGCGAUUGGCAGGCUUGUCCUUAUAGGGAAGUUCCGAAGGGAGAGACGUUUGGACCGAGGAAAUGGUGA